AUAUUAAUAAUUCUGGUAUCUUUCACCGUUACUCGAAAUACUCGCGAAUCAACUGGUGCCGUGUCGUGGUGCGAAAGUUCGGACUUUUUGGACUUGUGGUACAGUGCUUUGUGGAAAAUUUGGAGUGAUUGGAGUAACCAUGAAGUUUCUGGUUAUAUUUGGACUCCUGGCCACGUCAGUCCUCGCCGACCGGCCCUCCUCCAGCAGCGACAACAAAGCUGAGGCGGCAUCCUCCUCCAGCUCGAAGACCCACGAAAAGCGGACGACCGCCUACAGCGUGUACGGGCCGCCUAGCCAGCACGCACACAAUGGACCAACUCCCUCCUACUCUCCGGGCUACGUGAGCAGCUACGCACCCACCUACGCCUCAGGGGUGGACUACUCGGCACCCGCCACCUACGCCAUCGCCGCCCCCUACGCCGCGGCAACCCAUGGCUCGUACGCUAUCGCAGCGCCGUAUCCAGCACCCGUAGCCGUUGCUGUCCCCGCCGCUAACUACGCCGCCGUGCCCACAGCCAACUACGCCGCCGUACCCGCACCCAACUACGCAGCCAUUGCCCAUCCCCUCUUCGUACCCAACAGCGGCGUAGACUCCCACGCCCUCGCCUACCCUGCUGCAACCUACGCAGGCCCCAGCCUCGGUGUCUACCCCGCCAUAGGCAUCCCCGCCAACUACCCUCCUGCUGGCUACAACUUCCCACCACCCAACUACGUGCCCUACACAGGACCCAACCGCGAGACCUACACCAACGCCGACGGAACUAGAGUAGGCCCAGUGACUUUCGGACCUGGACACGGAGGUGUCUACCACCCACCCUCUUUCGCCUACUCACCUUCCGGCUACGAACCAAGCACCAACUACGAGAAACCCUCCUCCUCGUAUGGUCCACCCUCUUACUCUCCUCCAUCUCCAUCCUACGGGUCACCUUCAUUCACCCCCUCUUACUCCUCGUCGUACUCUGGACCGUCAUACUCCUCAGGUUCGCCCUCAUACUCCUCAGGAAGCGCAACAAGUUUCUCCACCACCCACAACUACACCCCCUCCAGGCCAAGUUCCUCUUAUGGACCGCCGUCACCUCCAUCUACGUAUGGACCCCCUUCACCUAACUCUUACAGCCCCUCGUCUUCGUACGGACCCCCAUCUCCUUCCUACAGCUCUCCAUCGUCUUCCUAUGGACCUCCUUCUCCCUCCUACAGCUCCCCCUCUUCCUCCUACGGACCACCUGGACAAUACGCUUCGUCAUCGGAAAAUACCUACAACACAAUUAGGUACAGUGGACCAACUGACUACGCCAAACAUUAAAUUUAAGUAGGUUAAUUUACAACAGUCAUGAAGCCUUAUCUGCAAAGACAGACACAUUGAUAUUGAAUGCAAAAUUCGGAAAUAACUCGGUCAUUUUCAAAACCGAACGAAUUUCGUGAGCCGUCCACGUAGCAAAUUUGUUUUAUUUUUCUUUUUGUAGCCCGAUACUUUUUAAGAUUUAGUUUUUCGCACUAAAAGGAAGAAGAAAAACAUUCUGGUGGUGAUCAGUUCAGAACGAGGCCAUUUGUUUCCGCGAAUCAACAAAAGGUCAUCAACCUAAUCUUGCAUUCGUGAAGCAAAUGAGCGCAGAGCACAGCUUAUCUAAAGUUAUUUGCCAUAACGGUAAGAUUUUUUGUCGUUUUUAUGCGACUGACCAUGAUUCAGUCUUACAAAAUUUAAAGAUAUGUUUUUGCUCAUUUUCCUUUUUUUGGCACGUUCCUUCCGAUUGAGUAAUGACCCCUCGGCUUAACGAGGAAAGAAAAAAAAAGUGUCAUGCAUACGACAAAAAAAAACUAAAAUAUUUUUACUGCAUAUUUUAUCCGUUGCUUCAGGAUAUACGAUAGUAAGGAGGUGACAAAAAAGGAUUUCUCUCAUUCCUUUCAGCUUAAAUGAUAUACUCACACCCCUCCCUCCUUCCAUGUUGACAAAAGAAUCUCAAAUGUAAUUUACAAUUUAUAUAACUUUGAAUGAAAUUGUGUGCAUCCUGGCGCUUCCCAGCUCCUUCAAUUUCAGCAAGGCAAAAUAUCAUAUACCAGCACAAAAUAAAACGUCAAUAAUUAUGUACACGUGUAUUACAAAGAUGCAGCUAAAAUUGCUCAGCUCGUUAGAGAAACAAAUAUCUGACAUAGCAUGUAGGUAAGGCUUCAUGAAAAUGUUUUACAAAAAUUAUUUUUCAUGAGUACCUAAAAAUUAUUUUCAAAAAAACUAUAAGAAUCGCCAAAAAAGGCUCAAACUGCCUCCUCAGCUCGUAAGUUCUGUACAUUUAUAAGUAGGUUAAGCUAUUUCUCAUUUUUACCUUAUCUUGUGAUGAACUUUGAUAAUAGGGAGUUACCUUUUCGUUACCCUGACUUUAUACUAGAUCGAGCCUAACUCGCCAACCUUAUUUAUUGUUUCUUUGUUUACAUUUAUCCGUCCGUUGAAUGUUGUAAAUAUAGUUGUAAACGCAUACUUACACCGGUUAUAGUAUUUUACAGCCCGAAAAAAACAACGUACUUCCGAAUAUUUUCGGCGGUUACUUUUCCAGCUUGAUUCCAUUAAAGGAAAGCAUUUUACCUUUCAUUACACGAUAAACCAAUAUCCGAAGGGUAUCUAAAAGGCUGUAUAACCAUAAAUAUAUUUCUUUAUUAACUAUUGAAGUUUCAGAAAAGAGCACAUCAACCUAUGUCUCAUUAACAUUUUCAAAAAGCUUUGAUGGAGAACGUUGCACAAUCUGUGCUGUUUAAGAGUGCACCGUGAGUAAAUGUUAUCGAGUGGUGUCAGAAUUUCCCUUUUUUCCCAGCGGAAAAUUGCAGUUACAUUCAUUCUAUUGUUUUCUCUUUCGCAUUUCAUCUCGUAAAUGUGUACUAAAGGUUUGUCAGUAAAACGAAUUGUUCCUACAACGGAAAGGAAGUUUCCCAAAAACUUACUUAAUAGAUUUAAUUGCAAGUAUAUUAUGUUAAUUUGUUCAUGGUGCCAACUUGUUUAGUUUGUAAAUACAAGAUCGUAUCACUUUUGCAUACUGUUAGAAUUUUAAUUUGUACACCUAAAUUUUUCAAAAAUAAAUACACACUCACUUAA